ACUUGAUGAAAGAUCUGUCUCUUCGCGCUGUAAAUCUGUUUUUCAAAUGCAAAGUAAAUACUUUAGAAGCACCUAGUGGUGGUGAGGCUGCUGUGUGACUUGGAAAGCCACAGUGUUCGCUGUCUGGCCCUUUGUGGCAGACAGGCCUCUGCUCUGCAGGCUGCGACCCUGCUGACCAGGAACCUGAAAGAGCAUGAAGUGUUAGGAAGGUAAGUUGUGACAUGGUCCGAACAAUGUUGCUUGCUUAGUAUUUUAAGAAUCAUAAAUUGCGCUGAUGCUGUUUUGAAUAGGUCCUUAAUAGAAGAGUUUAAAUUGGCUUUUAAAAAUAUUUAUUUGAAAGAGUUAUAGAGACAGGAAGAAACUCUGUCCUCUGCUGGUGCGCUCCCCGCACGGCGACGGUGGCCGGCUGAAGCCAGGAGUGUCGCCUGGGCCUCCCACCUUUGCGCUGGGGCCCAGCUCUUGGUGUCUUGUCCACUGCUUUCCCGGGUCACUCCCAGGGAGCUGGAUGGGAAGUGGAGCUUCCAGGACUUGAACCUGCUACCACAUGGGAUGCUGGUGCUACAAAUAGUGUCUUAACUUCUUGUACUGUAGUGCUGGGCCCUGAGAUUGGCUUUUCAAUGUACGUAAAAUGCAAGAAAAAGCCCUUGGACAGGAGAUACCGGAAGUACAAAUGUGAGUUUCCUGCUGCUAUUUUGCUUUCAGAUGUGGUGGCCUAUGUUGAAGUGUGGUCCUCCAAGAGAACUGAAAAUUACUCGAAGACUUUUACAAACCAGCUUGCAGAUAUGGGAGCGAAGGUUUCCAAAACUUUUAACAAAGAAGUAACGCACGUUGUUUUCAAAGAUGGCUAUCAGAGCACGUGGGACAAAGCCCUGAAGAGAGGGGUGAAGCUUGUGUCUGUUCUGUGGGUCGAAAAGUGCAGGACCGCGGGAGCACAUGUGGACGAGUCACUGUUCCCUGCACCCAACACCACGGAGCACUUGCCCAGCCUCAAGAGGAAGCGUAAAUGUAUGCAGCCCAAGGAUUUUCUCCCCAGAACACCAGAUAAUGAUAAAAGACUUCAAAAGAAAUUUGACAGAAUGGCUCAAGAGCUACAGAGGCAGAAAACUACUCAAGAUAAUAUCCCUGUUCUGUUGUUUGAAUCUACUGGUGUGCUCACAUACAGUUCGACCGUUCAAACCUACAGUCACCAUUCUGUGAUGGAGAAGAGACUACAGGAAAUGAAAGAGAAGAGAGAAAACCUUUCCCCGACUUCUUCCCAGAGGUUUGAGCAGUCUGAUGAUAAGCCAUGUCACUCAGUGUGUGACAUGCCGUUGAACAUCUCGCAGAGUACUUUGCUUACAGGUGAAUCCUUUGCUGGGGAUUUACACUCAUCCUUUGAUGAAAUUUGUGGAAAUCAGAAGACUAUAUUGGGAGUACCUGCAAAUGAAGUGAGAAGUGACCAGUGCAUCGAUUCAUCUGAAGUGGAAACAAAGAGCAUUCAGUUGUUAGCCUCCUCUGCUUGCACGGGUCACACGAGUCCUCUGAAACCUGUGAAUAAUCACUCAGAGAAAGAAAGAGACGGACCAGGAGAGCCUGCCGGCGGCGUAGCCAGCUCUGACGGAAAGCAAGCUGAAGGUACAUCUAAAAAGACAGGGUCGCUGCUGCCUUCUGCAACCCGAGGCUGUCUGACUUCAAGACCUAGGAACUUGUUAACAAAGAGAAAAAGAACACUGCCUCCAGGUGGUAAGCCAAAGAAACGACCCAGGCGGACGGUAGUCCUGCCGCUGUGUAGCCUGGGCAGCAGCCCGCGGUUCUGGAGCAGGCCUGCGGCCGAGGCCCUGGACGACGCCGAGUCCUCCUACGAGGAUUACUUUUCUCCUGGUAACCUCAAGGAAAGGGACUCGGAGAGGCUUCUGUCUGAGUCUCCACUGCCAUCACAGCCUGUGCCCUUCCACGGCCAAAGUCUUUCCAAGAGGGAGAGAGCAAGCAUCCUGGGGGUGUCUGACUUUUCCUGCAUUGGUGAAGAACCCAGAGCAGCUGACUUUACCAGCUUUGUAGGGAAACUUAGCUUCAGUCAGAACUCCACAGACGAAGAUGAAGACAGUGCAGCCUUAAAUUGCCCGGCUUCCAAGGGCGCAGCUGCUCCAGAAAACUCCGGGGCUGACAGCCAGGCAGGCCUGCAGCAGGGACAAGACCCCGUGUGCCCACGCGGGGACAGCUCCUCUCACACUGACGACCCUGCGCGUCCCAGAGAACAUGACGGCAGUCUGACUGCUUUGGAAGGACAGUUGACUGACCCACAAAGCACGCAGAAGGAAGGUGUCAGUUCCAGAACGCUGAACUCCUGUGUGCAGAGCGAGCAUAAGCUAAAUGUGAUAGAUGCGUGUCAGGUGGAGAAGUCUACAGAGGAGAAGGAAAACAUGUCCAGAGGAUAUAGUGAAAGUGUUAAUGGGACAACAAGACAUGAUCGUGUAGGUCCCUCAUCCUGUGUAGGCUCUGAGCUCAUCAGACCUCAGGAGGAGUUGAAGACAAGUGGCAAAGGCAAGAAGCCAACAAGAACAUUAGUCAUGACAAGCAUGCCAUCUGAGCAACAGAAUGUCAUCAUCCAGGUCGUGAGAAAGCUGAAAGGUUUCACAGUGACAGCUGAGGUCUGUGCCACCACAACCCACGUGCUGGCCGGGCAGCCCCUCCGUACCCUCAACGUGCUGCUGGGCAUCGCGCGUGGCUGCUGGAUUCUCUCCUAUGAGUGGGUCCUGUGGUCUUUGGAACUGGGUCAUUGGAUUUCUGAGGAACCGUUUGAACUGUUGAACUACUUUCCUGCAGCUCCUAUUCCUAACUGUUACCAGUUGAGAAAAUAUUUAGCUUGGAGGGAAAACAAUGACCAAGCACAUCAAAUUCAUUGAAGUUCUGAUGUUUUGGAGUUACGCUGGACCUGCUGUGAAGUUCAAGCACCUAUCUCUCCAUUCAUCUUGGCUGCUGCCUCUCCUAGCGAGCGUGCUUCUUCUAAGAACCGAGGCAGCAGUCCUUGGUGUUCAGUAGGUUUUAUGCCUCGUGUGUCAAGCAGGACACACUGGUCCCAUGUAGUUCUCUGCAGGCUCCAGUGUCCUGUCUUUGAAAGCCUGCUUUCCUGCGCUGUCCCUUGUGGGAAGCCCCUGUUCUCCUAUGGGAAGUCAGCCCAAGACAUGGAAAUGACCCUGACUUUUCCCCAGAGUUCAGAUCUGGGGGUUUAUGUUGAACAGGGGGUCUGAGUUGGACAUGAAGGAACUUAGGAGGGAUUGCAGACCAGAGAGGGAAUGUUUCUGGGAUGUUCUCAUUGAACCUGACUCUGCUGCCUUCUUGCUAGGGGUCGGUGUCUGGCCUUGUGUGCUCUCCCCUCCCCAAGCACCAUCAGCCUGCGCUCUCUGAGGUCCUGUCGCUGCCAGCUGUCCUGAGACUGCAUUUGGUGCCACGUGGCACACCCCUUCCCAUCGUUUCUUCCCCUGCGUAGUUAGCAGUGCCUCCGUAUGUGCGUGGCUGCGUGACACUUUUUUUGCAUGUAGAUUGUCAUGUUCCUUUUAUGCUCUGUCUCUACUCUUGUAGCAUUUUAGAACCAGGGUAAGUCUGAUGUCCCGUAACAGAGUAGAGGGGCUAACUGAUAGCCUUCCUGCUUAAUUCAGCCAUUUUUAAGUCAGCAACAAAUCUUGAAUUGCAUGCUGAAUGCAAUCAAACUGUUUAAACUUGAAAUGUAAGUUUAAAAACCUCUUGGAAGUAAACAAAGACACUUCAGAUCACUCGAGGCAAAUGGACUUAAAAGAUAAGGUUGACUUAGUGCAAAUCCAUGCAUGUGAAGGGUCAUUAAAAACUCAUGGAACUGCAUUUGCCGUGUGUCCACUGUUUGUGUUGAAGUAAAUGUAUCGUUUAUAUGCCCUUUGGAGUGAGCUUAGCGAAGUUCCCUCGUGGACUCAGCCACCGUUUGCCAUUCCGCAGGUGGUUAUGAACAGCAGUACUUUGCCAGAGCUCUUCUCGCACUGGAGGACACACCAAGCACAACAGAAAUAAUCCCCAUGAAGUUUGCCUUAUGUGUUUAUAGACAAAGUUAGAAUUUUUGAAACUUAGAGAAACUUAGCUAAUGCGUUCAAUUGUUCUAAGACAUAGGCCUUUUUUUCCCCAUUUGAGUUACUCUCAGAGUAAUUUGCACCGUGGUUAAGUGAGUAUGGUUCCCAUUCUCUGAAACAGUUACCCAGAAAAUCCCUUCACACACCCCACACCAAGUAUAAUUUGCUUACCUGUACUUAAAUUCCUCGCUUGAGAGGUAGAAGUGUUCAUACAGUGAGUAAGCCUCGUUCCCUUCCCAGUCCUUCAGGUGGAUUUUAAGCACGUAGCGUUGCUGAUUAGUCAGCUGGGAAACAAACUCAUUUCCCAGCCAGUGUUCUCCUGAAGGGUUGCCAAAUCCCUGCAAUGCAAGUUGUGAAAGUCACUUACAUUUUCUUCUUUAGGUGUUUGAAACCAGCAUCUCACCAGCUCAGCAUGAAGUAAGAUCAGAUAGUGGGAAUUACUUUCUUUGCUGUGAAAAUCUUGGGCUUUUUGCAUAGGAACAUGGGUUACAUUGUAAAAGGUCUGUUUUCAGCAAGGAGCCUGUGCUUGAAGGAAGUUGGUAUUAGCAUAAUUAUAGCUUCUUGGGGAAGCUACAUGAAGACCUGAGCAUGAGCAGCUUUCCCACCAGGUGCACAGAGCACCGCGGAGAGCUGCUUACCAAACCUCCCCCUUCCCCCCGCGCUCGGCCCUACAGCAAAGGCCACCAUGGAGAGCUGCACUGGGCCCUACAGCAAAGGCCACUGUGCUACUGAAACUCCAAGCUGGGGAAACCUCUAUUGAAAAAACUGCACCCAAAGUCUUCAGUUACUUUUGGAUUUGCAUCUAAGGCCCUGAGGAUCUUCAGAGUGAGUUUUCACAUAAGAGAAAUGAUUUCUUUACAGAAAGCUUAAGGAAUAUCUGUACCAUUUUAUAUUCUUUCCACGUCCUCUGGAAAUCCACACUGCCAUCCUCCCGCCGCUGUAUGGUCGUCCAGCCGCCGCCGCCCGUCUCCAUGUCACAGUAGGCCUGCAGGGGACAUGCACGUUACUGCCGCGGGCUCUGCCCUGGGACUGAGGCUUUGUCCUCCGUGCCAGAAACAGUGUGGACAUGGACACCUGUUGCACAGCUCAGCCAGCAGGGUUGUGUGUGUGUGUGUGUGUGUGUGUGUGUGUGUGUAGCUGUGUAGCAGCAUUAAGUAAAUUGAAAGGGGUACUUUUUUAAAUGAAUGAAAAAGACAGUAAUAUAAUGUGAGGCAUUAAUGAAAAUAUGGAUUUCUGCUAUCAUGUGUGAGGCUAGCUCAAGGCUUCUGAGCACUUUACUCACCACCUCGGUCUUUCUCCACCCAACUCUUUUUAUUUCUGCUGUUAAACUGACUCAGUGCAUUUCAGUGUUGUCCCAAAUACAGAAUUGUGUCUCGGGCUGGAAGGAUGCGUACCCAAUUUCAGCUCAGCUGGAGUUUAGUUAAGAAUUUAAAGACCCCUGCACAUAAGAUCUUAUAAACAGUUUUAAAUAAUCAGAUUCUGGGAGGAUGAGGAAGUUUUUCAGAGAGUAAGACCCUUUGCCUACAGCUUAGCGUAUAGGGUAGGGCCUGUUCAUCUCCUCUGUUGCCUACGAUCUUGGUGAAUAUAACAGAGGUUCUGACGUCAUCAACUGAAAUUUGACUGUCCCGUGAGUAGAUGUUGUGCUAAGGAGCUUGGAGGGAGCCAGGAGAGCACCUGGCACUGUGCUUUGCCUUCAUUUGUGCAGAUACGUGGGCUGCCUGAUCUCACGGCCAGCGGGCAGCACUGAGCUGGGCAGCUCUGCUUGGACUGCCCUGCUUCCCUGGAGCUCUUUUCUGCCAUCAUUUCUGUCUCCGUCUCUCCAGGAAGGCCGCAGGGCUCCUCCUACCCUCCCCAGCGAAACUCCUGCCCAGAAAGACAAAUGGCCAUCACACAAAACUGUACUUAUUGGCAAGAAAAUUAUUUUCCCCCUGAAGUUGAGUAAGAGAUGUCAAGCUAAACUGCUUUGUCGAUCCCUGUCGGUGCUCGUAAUACCGGUGGUGAUGUUGUCUUUGUCA